AUGUUCUUUACAAAGCCAUCAUUUGUUCUUCCACUCUUCCUGGGUGCAUCUCUGACUUCAGCGAUCCCAACUCCUGAGUUAGUAGCCAGGACUUCUGGAGAAGUCUUUAACGACUAUGAAAGCAUUCUUCUCGGCGGCAUCCCAGGCGUCAUGAGUGCCGCACCUAUCACCGCUCUCUACAAUCAGCUUUCCUAUUCUAAUUUCUAUGCGGUACGACAGACGGGUCUAUCGACUCUCCUUAUUAAACCUAAUGGCAAUCAAGCUGCCGUUGGAAACAAUGUUUCCACUUUGACAUCAGUUUAUGCUGGGUCUCCCGUCGCUUCUUUCAAGCCAAAUUCCGCCUACUUCGGAUGUGUCGUGAACAGCGAUUCUGCCGUGUCUCCAGCUGUAUCUUGUACCGUACAAGUUAUAGCUUAUAGACCCGAUGGUACACCAUAUGCUGAUAAAGCGGGAUGUUUUUUUGAUGGCGGAAAUACUCUCGAUCAAUGCACCUUCCCUACUACCUGGACCACGGUUGGGAAACUUUCAUACCAAGUCGUCGCAUCUCAGAUUUUGACAACCGUGGGCCCCACUCUUGGUAGUUUGCUUGGAAGCUUGUCCGCCGCGCUUGGCACCGUUCUUUUCUAUUUCGACGACUUUAAUGCAAUCUAUACAUGUGUUCCUGGCAAGACCAAUGCUGUGAUUAGUGGCCUUUGCGGUUGA